AUGAUCCCACCAAAUACCCCCCUCCUCAACCUCCCCCUCGACAUCCUCCUCCACCUGCUAAACCACCUAACCUACGCCGACAUCCUCUCCCUCUCCCUGACCACAAAAGGUCUCUCCUAUAUUACCCCCACCGAAUCCACCCCAGGAUGGCCCGGAAAACAAUGUGUCCGCCGACUCUACCAAACCUUCCUAUCAAAACCACAUCAUGAUGAACCAGCAUCUGUAAAAAACAAUAUGAACAACGGAUACUGUCUCUAUUGCACCCAUCCGCUCUGUCCGCCAACUUGUCCAUCUGCCCUAUUCCUCGAUUCGAAAACAGGUAUCUUCUAUCCGAAAUCACUGUACCCAUACCAAACUGCCGUUCCGGCUUCUACAUCAACCAUUCCAGAACCUGUAGCUAUAAACUACUAUUCUGCACAUUUCAGCAACCAACAUGAUGAUUAUAAUAUCGAACAGACUUGUGGUGAUAAUGAUGAUGAUAACAAACCAACCUACAAAACAAUCUGGUGCACCCACCACCGCUGCCCCCAAUCCCUCCUCCACAGAAACUUCCACAGUAAUAACCCAGAAACAGGUGCAUCCCAUCUCUACCACGAUUACUCCUCAGCAUCAUGGAAAUCUGUCAGAAAAUCUAUUCAAAACCUCUACAUUCGAUACCGGAUUCCCGGUUUCAAACAUAGAUUAGAAAAUAAAUCUUUCAAAGACAUCGACAUUCAACAGAUCAUUCCUACCACCACUAGCUCCACAAUUUUAAACCACCCUCCCCCUCCUUCACCAAUCUGUCCAACAGCCCAUACUUUCUUCGACGAACUCUGUACUCACUGCCGUCUCCCCGUCUACGAUAGACCAUGGUCUGAUAGAAAAUGUACAUGUUGUCAAAGAUAUCUUCAAUACCGUCCCGAAACCUGGUUUAUGAGAGGACCCGAAGGCUCAUCACCUUGUCGCUGUGACCUUAUUAGCGUGAAAACAUUGUUGAUCAAGGCGUUUGAAAUUGGAUUUAAACGUGGAGGGAGGAGAGUCUUUUAUUUUGGAUUGGCGGUUGAAGUUAUGGUUUGUAAAGAGGAUGUUAGGCCGGACGGGUCGGUGUGGGUGACAACGGUUUUGAAGAUGGUGAAGCCUGGGGAGGUGAGGGGGGCGGUGGAGUUGAUGGCUGGUAGUAGUGGUGGUGGCGGUGGCGGUUUGGAACGGUUGAAAUUGGAGGAAGAGGGGGUGGAUGGGUAUAUUGAUUGUGAGAAGUGUAGGACGAAGAGUCGUGAUUGGGAGGUGGAUCUUGGAUGUUGA